CAGGGCUGUCCCGACAACACGAGCACACACACGGACACACACAGCACACACUGAAGGCUUUGCGAGGUAGAUCCACGAGCUGUUGCCCCGCUGCGGGCCGGUCCGUCGGGGAACGAUGUGGGUUUGGUACUUUCUGCUCGGUUCGGGCUCGGGUUCGGGAUCAGUCGAUUGCCAGCUUCUUCCUGGAAAUAACUUCACGACAGAGUGCAACAUUCCAGGAAACUUUAUGUGUGGGGAUGGCGAAUGUAUUCCUGGAGUUUGGCAGUGUGACGGCUUUCCAGACUGCGUCGACAAGAGUGACGAGAAGGGUUGCCUGAAGAUGAAGUCAAAGUGUGCACCCACAUUCUUUGCUUGUGCAAGCGGGGUCCACUGCAUUAUUGGCCGCUUCCAGUGUAACGGCUUCAGGGACUGUCCUGAUGGCAGUGAUGAAGACAACUGCACUGCUAACCCUCUGGUGUGUUCAUCCGCACGCUUCCACUGUCGUAACGGCCGGUGUGUAGAUCGCAGUUUCCUCUGCAAUGGACAGGAUAACUGUCGAGAUAACAGCGAUGAAGAGAACUGCCUUACAACAGCAGAAUACCCAGGACAGGACGUUGUGACUCUGGACUAUCGACUCCACUAUUACCCCAGUAUCACGUACGCAGUGAUUGGCAGUGCCGUGAUCUUCGUGCUGGUGGUGGCACUGCUGGCCCUCGUCCUGCACCAUCAGAGAAAGAGAAGUGUCCUGCUGCCACACGGUGUCUACAGGGGCGCCUGCCACCGACCACUCCUGCUGUCCCGGCUCGUCAUAGUGGACAGAGGACACGUCCGUCCUGGAGGCCAUGACCUUUCACCCCAGUGUCCGUCCCCGUCAGAGACGUUCAGCUCAGUCCACAGUCUCCAGCUGCUCUCUCAUUCACAAUAUCCCAGAACGGCCAUAGACUGUCCUCCAUCAUACUCGCAGGCUGUGCUGGAUGUUGGCCGACCGUCAUGGUUUGACCUCCCACCUCCUCCUUACCCUCCAGAGACUGAGACUGAGAGAGAACCACCGGUCUAUGAAUCACCAGACUCAGCCAGAGCGGUAGCGUCUCAAACCUGGACCAGCAACACCAGCACUGAGUCUCAGCAGCCAGCGCUGUAAACCCAGAGCACGGGGACCGCUCGAGCAUCAUGAGGAUCUGUGCCGAGUGUUCAGAAAGACCAGCGGUGAUGAUGGCCAUGUUUGCAGGAUUCACUAAGCACUUGUAGGGCAUGUUAGUGGCACCAUCUGGUGGCCAAUGAACUGCAUUACUCUUAUCAUAACCAAUGACAUUGGCAGUCAAAAAAAGCUCUACACAGAUGGUACUCACCCAGCUUUUUACUACUGCUGCGAUUUGACCAGAGAAAUACAAGACCUUCACUCAUUCCUGUGAGAUUUACAUAAAGUGUGGGGACAGUUGAUAUACUAUUUAAUUAUUGCCCGUGUACAUGGAGUUCAGUGUUUGCAUUCCCUGUGAGUUUGAUAUAAAUUGAGGAAUGCAGAAGUAGUUGUUGUGAAAAGGGCCUCUGUGCCUCGUCUUUCUUUAUGUUAAUCAACAUGUACUUCAAGAAUUGUAUGCUCUAAUUGUGCGUUAUGCUCUUAUCAUACAGCACUGGGAACAGUUGUUAUAUGUAAUGACUGCUCUCUUCUAUCUCUGAUCCUGACAGAUCUUCAGUGAACCUGCAGCUCUUUCUAAACACCCUGAUUAUGAUAUCUUAAUAAAAAUAAGUUGUUAACAUAUGGC